CCGGGUCAGUGACGUCAGAGCACCGUUGUGGUCCUUAUGAAGGUAGGGUCGCUGAGGCAGAUUUGCGCAGCUCAAGCAGCGAGAGACGAGUGAAAGUGUCAGAUACACAAGACCCGGGAUACUGACAGAAUGUGCGGAAUCUUUGCUUACCUCAACUACCAUGUUCCCCGCACCCGACGUGAGAUCCUGGAGAGGCUCAUCAAAGGUCUUCAGAGGCUGGAGUACAGAGGAUAUGACUCUGCAGGUGUUGGGGUUGACGGUGGCAAUGAAAAGAACUGGGAGAACAACUCCAGCUCAAUCCAGCUUAUCAAGCAGAAGGGGAAAGUGAAGGCCCUGGAUGAAGCCAUUAACAAGCAGGCCGACCUGGAUCUGGACAUUGAAUUUGAGGUGCACCUUGGCAUUGCUCACACUCGCUGGGCUACCCAUGGAGAACCAAGUCCCACCAACAGCCACCCCCAGCGCUCUGACAAGAAGAAUGAAUUCAUUGUAAUCCACAAUGGCAUCAUCACCAAUUAUAAGGACCUCAAAAAAUUCUUGGAGAGUAAAGGUUAUGAGUUUGAGUCAGAGACCGACACGGAGACCAUAGCCAAGCUGGUGAAAUACAUGUUUGACAAUCGGGAAAGCACUGAAAUCAGCUUUGCCACGCUGGUAGAGCGCGUCAUCCAACAACUCGAAGGUGCUUUCGCCCUUGUGUUUAAGAGUGUGCACUUCCCAGGCCAGGCUGUUGGCACCAGGAGGGGAAGCCCACUUUUGAUGGGUGUAAGAAGUGAACACAAGCUGUCCACAGACCACAUUCCUAUUCUUUACCGUUCAGUGUCCCAGAGCAUAGAUUAUCCUCUUGAUGGGAUGUUCAUUAAUGUGGAUCAAGGCAUGGAGAAGAAGGGUAACUGUUCUCUACCCAGAGCGGACAGUACAACCUGUCUCUUCCCGGUGGAGGAGAAAGCUGUGGAGUACUUCUUUGCAUCAGAUGCCAGCGCGGUCAUCGAGCACACAAACCGGGUCAUCUAUCUGGAGGAUGAUGACGUAGCUGCCGUGGUCGACGGACGUCUCUCUAUCCACAGAGUUAAACGUAAUGUAGGCGAUCAUCCAGCUCGUGCCAUCCAGACCUUGCAGAUGGAGCUGCAGCAGAUCAUGAAGGGUAACUUCAGCUCUUUUAUGCAAAAAGAAAUCUUUGAGCAGCCGGAAUCCGUUGUCAACACCAUGAGAGGCAGAGUCCACUUCGAUGACCACACAGUUAUCUUGGGAGGACUGAAAGAUCACCUUAAAGAAAUUCAGCGAUGCCGACGUCUGAUCCUUAUUGCUUGCGGUACCAGUUACCAUGCAGGAGUAGCAACAAGACAGAUUCUGGAGGAGCUAACAGAGUUGCCUGUUAUGGUGGAGCUGGCUAGUGACUUUUUAGACAGGAACACGCCGGUUUUCAGAGAUGACGUGUGCUUCUUCAUCAGCCAAUCGGGAGAAACGGCAGAUACUUUGCUUGCCCUUAGGUACUGCAAAGAGAGGGGUGCUCUUACAGUUGGCAUUACAAAUACUGUGGGCAGCUCAAUCUCCCGUGAGACGGACUGCGGAGUACACAUCAACGCGGGACCUGAAAUUGGUGUGGCUAGCACCAAGGCAUACACUAGCCAGUUUGUGGCUUUGGUCAUGUUUGCACUGUUGGUGUGUGAUGACCGAAUCUCUAUGCAGGGAAGACGGAAGCAAAUACUUGAGGGGCUGAAGCGUUUACCAGACGACAUCAAGGAGGUACUGAGUCUGGACGAUGAGAUCCAGAAGCUGGCAACCGAGCUGUAUCAGCAGAAAUCUGUGCUUAUUAUGGGUCGUGGAUAUCAUUAUGCAACCUGUUUGGAAGGAGCAUUGAAAAUCAAAGAAAUCACAUACAUGCAUUCAGAGGGCAUCUUGGCAGGGGAACUGAAGCAUGGCCCUCUGGCACUUGUGGACAAACUCAUGCCAGUGAUUAUGAUCAUCAUGAGGGAUCAUGCUUAUACAAAGUGCCAGAAUGCUCUGCAGCAAGUGGUGGCACGGCAGGGCCGUCCAGUUGUUAUCUGCGACAAAGCAGAUACAGAAACCAUAAACUCCAUUAAACGUACAAUUAAGGUGCCGCAUACGGUGGACUGUCUACAGGGAAUCCUGAGCGUUAUUCCUUUACAGCUUCUUGCCUUCCAUCUUGCAGUACUGAGAGGAUAUGAUGUGGAUUGUCCACGAAACUUGGCAAAGUCUGUAACGGUGGAGUGAUCUGGAGCACGUGGCCCACGCUUUAUUUGUAUAAUUUUUUUGUUUUCAAAUCUCAAUUUUUACUUUUUAUAUUUAUGUUUCCCUCUUGUACCCCUGAUAUGAUAUUUGAGAUUCCUGGAUCCUUCCACCCCUCCCUGUUGUAAAUGAAGGUACUGUAAAAAAAAUAAUAGUCCUUUUUAGUACAUGUGGCAUUUUUGAGUACAGCCUUCACCAUGUAUAAUACCGUAUCUUGCAUAUUAUGUAUGAUUUCCUAUAAAAAUCCUAUGCCAAUAUGCAUGAUCUGCUCUUACUGCAGGAGCCCUAGGAAUUCUUUUUGCACAGUUACAUUUCUUUAGGAUUUCUAGUAAUACUUGGUUCUUUAAGAGAUUAAACAACUGGGUAAAGAUUUUUAGUGUCGGAGAAGGCAGUGUUGACAUUAGAGCAUAUGGUGGCUUAAUAGUGAAAACCAGAUAUUGCUUGGAAAUGUGCUUCUGUGUAAACUUUUUUUAUUCUUGUUCACCCGUCCCGGGAGCCACAAACUCCCUAUAAUCGAUUGAAAAGCUGCAUCAGCUUCUUUUCUUAUGAAACGUGCCGGUCGUUAUUAAAAUGCCAACGUUUACCAGUAAUAAACAUGAAUCUGCCAACGCGUUCCCAUUGCAUUCACAGUGGGAGCAGCAUUAUAAGAAUCCCAGCACAGACUGCCUUCAGAUGCGCCUACCUGUUGGUGGUCACAAAGUGCUGACUGUGACAUGAUACUGGGUUCUGGUGAUAGAAUGGUCUGCGCUGCCAUGUCAGCUUUCAUGUUUAGAAAUAAUGUACCUACAUGUUGUCCCAUAAUGCACUUGUGACUUGAGCUGGCCCAGUUG